CCCGCUCGCGCCGCCUAAAAACCGUAUGCACCAUGAUAGUCAGGCCGCACAUAUAAAUGCGACUCCAUCGCGCUAACAUGGCUGCUGGGAAUCGAAAACUUAGAAAUAUUGUGCGGUCGGAGUGUGUUUGCAUCAGCGUGAAGCCCAGUGUUAAGUUAAAACAUUGACUGCCCACGCCCACGAUCGACAAUUGCCGCAUUUUACCGUAAUUCGCCACACCGGGGUCUCCUAUGAGUGUGUUCGCCGCGUGUGCCAGUGUGCGUGAAAAAGAAAAAUUCAAUGGUGCGUGAGUGGGAAGGCGAUUGGAUUGAUUUGUGACGCUGCUGACUGCCCCCUUCCCUUGGCCAAAACACACAUACACACAUACUCAUACGCACGGCCAUAGUAACGCAGCAUCGAUUGUACAGUUUUAGAGCAAACAAUUCAAUUAGAAAAUGCAGAGCGCAUGAGUUGAAUUGUGAGUGGGCACCCCGCAAAAGCUGACUGCUGCCGCAUCGCGAAGGAGAGAGUAGUGGCGAAGAGGAAGAAAGAGCAACCAUUGCCAAAGAUUAGUUACUUAGAGUAGUACGAUUUUAUAGAUCGACGGAUCACAAAGAGUAUCACAAAUUACCAUUGUAUAAUGACAUCUAGACUUGACCGACUUUUUAUUCUACUUGAGACCGGGUCUACAGCUGCCACUCGCCAAACUGCCGCCAAACAGAUCGGUGAGGUCCAGAAGCUCUAUCCACAUGAACUCCAUGCCCUGCUAAAUCGUCUGGUGGGUUACCUGCACAGUACGUCUUGGGAGACAAGGAUAGCAGCGGCGCAGACUGUUGAGGCCAUACUGAAGCAAGUACCGCCUUGGCAGCCGGAACUGCAGGUGAUACCCAAGAAGGAGCGCUCUGGAAGUGAUGCUGCCACAGCUGCAGCUGCAGCUGAAGAGGAUAGCUGCCAGUCAAGUGGGUCCAACUCAACGACGGCCAGCGAACGAUUGCUUAGCUUUGAUGAGUUUGAUCUGCAGCAGAUCCUGCAUAAAGGCGCCCGCCUCAUCGGCUCAGAAGGCAAUGAGUUCGAUGUACAGGAGGAACAGCCAGCUAGUGGCGGAGGGGACGAGGAGAGAAGUCUCGCCAGCCGCCUUAGUCGACAACGGGCAGUGCUCAACGACAAAUUGGGCUUGACCACGGCCGCCAAACUCGGCGUAAAUCUUACCGAUAUGAUAACCGACGAGGACGUUGCGCUUGCGAGGAGUGGGAGCAGUUAUAACAUUAACGCCGAAAAGCUUCCUGUGGAACACAUACUCAACAUAAAGCCAGCGGCGAACGGAUCUGGGCAGGCUCAACUAAGCUGCCGUGAGAUGAAUCGAGCAAAGCGAAAGGCCCGUCAAAACACAGUCGCCUCUGCAUCUGUAGUCACACCGACUUGCAGCCGCCGAAACUCCAAUAGCAACCACAGUACGGGCAGUAAUCACAGCAACAAUGGAACCUCGUCACUUACUUCACUGGAUGAGCCGGAAAAGAAGAAGCUGAAGGCAACGGAGCGGCAGGAAAUCUUUUACAGUUUGAAUGCGGCUGUGCCAGAUGCCACAGGCACUUGGGUGGAUGCCGUCUCCUGGCCAUUGGAGAACUUCUGCUCACGCCUUUUCAUCGAUCUCUUUCACGCCAAAUGGGAGGUGCGCCACGGAGCGGCGACAGCUCUAAGGGAACUGAUCAACCAGCAUGCCCAAGGAGCGGGAAAGGCGGUACAACAGAGUCGCGAACAGAUGGACGAAGCGCAUAGCCGCUGGCUGGAAGAUGCCGCGUUGCGCCUGCUCUGUGUACUUUGUCUGGACAGAUUCGGGGACUUUGUUUCGGAUCAGGUGGUGGCACCAGUGCGUGAAACCUGCGCUCAAGUGCUGGGUACCCUUGUCAAAGAGAUUCAGGCGUCCAAGGUGCAAAGAAUCGUGGACAUCCUGCUCCAGCUCAUUCAGCACAAAAACGAAUGGGAGGUGCGGCAUGGUGGACUACUUGGUCUAAAGUAUGUGUUUGUGGUGCGUGAGGAGCUCUUGCCCAUCUAUCUGCCGCAGUCAAUCUCAAACAUACUCAUCGGUCUUCUGGACUCGGUGGAUGAUGUCGGAGCAGUGGCUGCAUCUACCCUGAUUCCAGUGUCUUCCUGGCUUCCAAAGCUAUUAAAUCCAGCACAAGUGUCCUCCAUCGUAAAGAUGUUGUGGGACCUGCUUUUGGAUCAAGAUGAACUCACCUCUGCAUGUAACAGUUUCAUGGGAUUGCUGGCGGCCAUUUUAUGUUUGCCAAAAGCCGCUAGCUGGGUGGAGAUGGAGCCAAUGGCCAAUCUGGUGCCGCGACUGUGGCCUUUCCUUUCUCACAGCACCAGUUCAGUGCGUAGAUCAACGCUAAAGACACUGAUUACACUAACAAGUGCGGAUAAGGUGAAAUCGGAGCCCAAAGAUGAGGAUCAAGUUAAAGAGGAAAAGAAUGAGCAGAUGAAACUUAACUUUGGAGUUAGUGACUGGAAGUGGCAAUUGCUGCAGCAGGCGCUGCGCCACAUAUAUCAGCGUAUUCUAGUCGAGCCGCAGGCGGAUAUCCAAGCACUGGCUCGUCAGGUGUGGUCCAAUCUUAUCGAGCAUGCGGAUUUAGGUGCCCUCUUACAUGCUGCCUGUCCGUUUGUGUCCUCCUGGAUUUGCCUAUCAAUGCAGCCACCCAGGCUCGCUUUUGACGCGGCAGUGCUGAUCAGAGCCUGUGGAGACUCGAGUACACCAGGAAGCGCCUCGAGGAAACGAACGCCACGCAUAGGAGACGAUCUGGGCGGAGCUAUUCUAGCACACUCAAAUGCCUCACUUAAGCUUUAUUUGGGUGGUAGCGAGGCCACGCCACUAGAACUACGAGAGGCGAACUUUAUGCGAGCUCGGAUCUGUUCGUCGCGUGCGCUUGGAGCGCUCUCACAUUACCUGGUGCAGCCAGCUCCGGGAGUCGUGUACACCCCGCAAACAGAGAGCCCCACGGAAUGUUAUACGAAAGUCCUGUUGGGCCAUCUAAAUGCCCACUCUGCCGUCCAGAGAAUCGUGUGUGGGUUGAUAAUUGCAUUUUGGGCUCUGGAAGAUGAGCCAGUGCGUCCGGGACCGCCCAAUCUGCAGGAAAAGUUACACCAGUGUGUGAGCGAGUACGUCUAUUACGAUGAGGUGGCCAUCUCGCUGACCCGACUACUGCAAGAAGCACAAGAUUUCAUCGCUACACUAAAGCAAAACAAAAUACCGAUUAACGACUUCAAUAACGCCAAGAUUCUCACCCUGGAUCAAAUUGAAGCGGUGGCCACUACGUUGAGCGAAAAUCUGCGUAUUUAUCCCCUCAAACCAAAGCUUUUAGACAUGCUGGAGGAGCGGCGACGUAGCCUUCAGGCAUCCUACCAGCAGACAACCAGCGAGCAAAGCGCCUACCAUGUUAGUGCCCAGGCAGCACUUGCUGGCGCCAUAUGCGCUCUGCACUGCCUGCCCGAGAAGUUGAAUCCGGUGGUUAAGCCUUUGAUGGAGUCCAUUAAGCGGGAGCAGUGCCUCCAAUUGCAGCAGCUGUCUGCCGAGUUCCUGGUCCAUCUUAUGGAUCAGGUCUGUGAUAGAAACCCUAGUCCAAAUAGCAAGAUCCUGAACAAUCUUUGUACGUUGCUGAGAAGCGACCCAGAGUACACACCCAAACUGGUUAAGCCACUCCAGACUCUUAAGCAGACACCACCAUCGUCUGAAGUCACUAACAGUUGUGUUUACUACGGCAUCCUAACACUCGCACUUCAACAGGCAGUGCAACCUACUAACACCCGAAGCGGUGGAGGAGUAGCUGUAGCCGGAGCGGGAGCAAUAACUCCCACAAUAACUACACCUAGUCGUGGGCCUGGACGACCGCCAGCUGGUGAAAUCUUAAUUUCACCUGCCACUUCUGCUCACGUUGAGCUAAAGGCACAGCAAGCAAAAGAGGCGGAGGCGAAGCAAUGUCGCAUACAGAGACUAGGAGCAGCAUGUGCCAUAGAGAAACUGUGCAGCACUUUCAAAGAACACAUCGUGGACAAGGUGGCUGUUUUCCAGCAACUGAUGUUUGGCAAGGUUGAGCAGUUCGUAAAGGAAACGUUUGAUUGGCAAUUGGGAUGCGUCCUGCCAGAUUUAGGGGCAUGCAAUGAGCUUAUUAGUUCUCUGCAACUGAUAGAGACAGCCGCCCCUCAUCUUCAUGCUGCACUACAUCCACAAAUGUUCGGCCUGCUGCCACACCUUGGCUUCAUCGUUUGUCAUCCUCUUAAGGCAGUUCGUCACAUGGCCGCCCGCUGCAUUGCCGUUUUGGCCGAGAUCGAUGCCUGCCAGACUAUGCAGUUUGUGGUACACGAUUUGUUACCGCUACUUGGGAAAAUUGAGCAGCUUAUAGAGCGUCAAGGAGCAGUGGAAGCUAUUGAACGAGUAGUUAGCCGCUUGCAAAUCAAAGUUGUGCCCUACAUCGUGCUGUUAGUAGUGCCUCUUUUAGGAGCGAUGAGCGAUCCGGACGAAUCUGUACGACUGCUCUCCACCCACUGUUUUGCCAAUCUCAUUCAGCUAAUGCCACUGGACGGAAAGGCGGAGCAACUGAAGAGCGAGCCGCUGCAGGCGCGCAAGACUCGAGACCGCGAAUUCCUGGACUACCUUUUUAACCCAAAGAGCAUUCCCAAUUACCAGGUGCCGGUACCAAUAAGUGUAGAUCUACGCUGCUACCAACAAGCCGGCAUCAACUGGCUGUGGUUCCUGAACAAGUACAAUCUCCACGGCAUCCUCUGCGACGACAUGGGUUUGGGAAAAACCCUACAAACCAUUUGUAUCCUUGCCGGAGACCAUAUGCACCGACAAUCAGCCAAUUUGUCCAAUCUGCCUAGUCUUGUCAUUUGCCCGCCAACUCUGACUGGUCAUUGGGUGUACGAGGUAGAGAAAUUCCUCGAUCAAGGAUCCGUUUUGCGUCCUCUGCACUACUAUGGAUUCCCCGUGGGAAGGGAGAAACUAAGAAGUGAAAUUGGAACGAGCUGCAACUUGGUGGUUGCCUCCUACGACACUGUACGCAAGGACAUAGACUUCUUUAGCGGCAUACACUUUAACUAUUGCGUCUUAGACGAGGGACAUAUCAUUAAGAACGGCAAGACAAAGAGCUCUAAGGCCAUCAAGCGACUGAAAGCCAACCACAGACUGAUUCUGUCCGGCACGCCCAUCCAAAACAAUGUGCUGGAGUUGUGGUCCUUGUUUGACUUCCUUAUGCCAGGUUUCUUAGGAACCGAAAAGCAGUUUGUGCAACGCUUCUCCCGCCCCAUCCUGGCUUCUAGGGAUGCAAAGAGUUCGGCAAAGGAACAAGAAGCCGGUGUGCUAGCCAUGGAAGCUCUGCAUCGCCAAGUCCUGCCCUUCCUGUUGCGCCGCGUUAAGGAGGAUGUGCUGAAAGACUUGCCGCCUAAGAUUACCCAGGAUCUUCUUUGUGAACUGAGUCCGCUCCAGCUUCGCCUCUACGAAGACUUUAGCAAUAAGCACCUGAAAGACUGUUUGGACAAGCUGGGCGACUCGUCGACGCCAGCCAUAGUGACGGAGAAUCUCAGCGCCAAGACGCACAUUUUCCAAGCACUUCGCUACCUGCAGAACGUGUGCAACCAUCCCAAGCUGGUUCUGCGUCAGUCCGAGGAGCUCACUAAGGUGGCCAGUCAGUUGGCGCUCUCGAACAGCUCAUUGGACGACAUUGAGCAUUCGGCUAAGCUGCCGGCACUGAAGCAACUUCUCCUAGACUGCGGCAUUGGUGUGCAGACUGAAUCGGUGAGCCAGCAUAGAGCACUGAUCUUUUGCCAACUGAAGGCAAUGCUGGACAUUGUAGAACACGAUUUACUCCGUCGACAUCUGCCCAGUGUAACAUAUCUGCGGCUAGAUGGCAGUGUGCCCGCUUCCCAGCGCCAGGAUAUAGUCAACAACUUUAACAGCGAUCCCAGCAUCGAUGUGUUGCUGCUAACUACUUUGGUUGGUGGUCUUGGUCUCAAUUUAACUGGUGCUGAUACUGUCAUCUUUGUGGAGCACGAUUGGAACCCUAUGAAGGAUCUGCAGGCUAUGGAUCGAGCCCAUCGAAUCGGUCAGAAGAAAGUGGUUAAUGUUUACCGGCUGAUCACGCGCAACUCGCUGGAGGAAAAGAUCAUGGGUCUGCAGAAGUUCAAGAUACUCACCGCCAACACUGUGGUGAGCGCGGAAAAUGCAUCUCUUCAGACUAUGGGCACUUCGCAAAUCUUUGACCUUUUCAACGGAGGCAAAGAUCAGGGCGCAGUUUCUGGUUCAGCAGCGACAACCGGAGCAGCGUCGGGUGGCAUGUCCAUGAACACCAUAAUCGAAAACCUACCGGAACUGUGGUCUGAGAAUCAAUACGAGGAGGAAUACGAUCUUGGCAACUUUGUGCAGGCACUGAAAAAGUAGACUACUGCUUCCCACUCCAAGACUUCCAGUUUUAGGCUAAGUUGAAAAUUUCAAUUGCCCUCUGUUCCUUUAUAAUCGCAAAAAGAAGAGUUUAGAAAUUUAAAAUAAAAAAGUUAAAAAAUUAA